CUCUGACCUCGCAUUUCGCUUUGGGAAUGCGAAAGUUGGAGAUGCCCUCUUGUCUGGAGUGAUAACCUCUCUCCUCAAGAGACUUUUUAUCUCGGUGCUUUUGCCAUUUCGCGUCAGACUUCCCGCCCAAGUGUCGCUCUUGCGUGUUCCGAAAAGUCGGCGAUGUUGCUCACAGCAUUGCCACCUCGUGUCUCUUUGGUGACUCCUGAUUUUCCCGGCUGUGAGCACAGCGGAGAGCUCACUGCUCUUAAAGAGAUCCACGCCUUCGCAUUGCUUUGUGGGUUUCCGUUGCCAGAGUCUGUGUUUAUGUCUGUCGUCGCUUUCCAGGGUCGGAAGCCAAGAUUAUUACGUUCAUUGUUGGUUGGUGUGUCAUUGAGCCCAGUCCCCUUUCCUGGUGUACUCUCAAGUCACCUUCCUGUUACAUAUUCCUGAGUGGUCAUGUUCAGUCCAGCACCGGUCACCACCUUUGCAAACACGUUUCUUGUCUCCCAUAGCGGCAGUGGGGGGCCGACACUCAGGGUCGUAGGACCGCAGGAGGCUCGGAAGAAGCGGCCACAUCGGAAAUCGAGGCUGGGCUGUGUACGAUGCAAGAGACGCAAAGUCAAGUGUGACGAGAGAGACCCAUGCAGGAACUGCGUCAAGCGAAACGAAACAUGCGUCCGCUUCAGACCGGCGUCGUCCAACCGGGGAGGGCGAGAAUCGUCGCCGCUGACGUCUCUGCCGCCCCAAGUGGCCUGGUGCCCCCUGUCCGAAGCAGAAUGCGGUCCCGUCAAUUUGCUUCAUAUGGAACUGCUGCACCACUUUGAGCAGCACAGCGUGUCCACGCUACCGUUUCAGGGGGUGUGGCCCAGCAUGCUGCAGCUGGCCUUCCAGUCCCGCCAGCACACAUACCUGGUCAACGCCAUGCUCUCUUUUGCAGCGGCCCACCUCGACUACCUGCACCCAGGCCGGGGCCAGUACCAUCGCGCCAAGUACGCACUCCUGGACAAGGCCCUGCACGACUACCGCGAGUCGCUCUCGGCCUCAAUCACAGCCGAGAAUUGCGACGCGCUGCUUGCCACGGCCAACCUCAUCCAAUUCCUCAUGUGGUGCGACCUCAGCUUCCUAGAGGGCCAAACAGAGCCCGACGCUCCCCUGGACCUCUCAGGAGACCGGCUCUACUUCCUCUCGACGGGCGUCCGCCAAAUCUUCUUCAUGGCCUGGCCGCUUUUCCAGUCGGCCCAAUCCGUCUUUACGCGGGUCUGCCAGCUCCAACCCUGCAUGGUGCUCGAGGACGUGGUGGAGGCCAGGGGUCUGAACUGGAAGCGGUAUGCGCGCGGGCUCAUCGGCCUGUACGACAACCUACGCUAUCAGGGGGGAAGAGAAAGAGGACGAGAAGGGGCUGAAGCGACCCCAUUUUCCAUCUCGACACCGCCGCCACACACAUCCUCACAUGUAUCAAGCGAGACGUCCCCGUUCAGCCCACCCAGUUUCGGUGCACCCGGUCUGUGCUCUGCUUCGACUUCAUUCCCCCCAACGCCCAGUCCAGGAGGCUCACCCUUGGGGUCGACAUCCAACCCAACUGUGAGCUCGGGCGCAUACCUCGAAGAACUGCUCCCCAGCCUGCCCUCGACGGCGGCGCCGCCCUACAGGGUCAUGACGCUGUACCAGAGUUACAAAGAAGGGGAGGCCUAUGUCAAGAGCGCGGGGACCCGUGACGAGGUGCUCGUGCGCGGCGCGUACAAGAGGCUCGUGGCGAGGCUUGCAGUUGCUAUGGCCUUCAUCAUGGACGACGUUGGGGCUUGUGAUGGCGGCUGUCCGGCGUCUGGGGUGAAGGAGAGCGGUUAUCCGCGCCAGCAAAGGGCCAAAAUAGGCGACAUCAUGCGGUAUGUGACGGUGUUUCCCAUGAUGUGCUUUGGGCCGCUGCUGGCGCUGAUCUCGAGCGGGGAUUCUCGGAUGCUGAUCGUGCUGUACCACAUUUAUCGUGUUGUUGGGAUGCUGCUGCCUGGGAAAACGUAUUGGUGGUGCAAAAGGAGAGUUGAAGCCAUGGGCGAGGCUAUAGGGCGUGAACUGCGCAGCAGAGGCUUGGAAGUGUGCUUGAGGAGGCGGAACGAGGUCGUGUAGGUAAGACCCCCUGGGGUUGAAACAACAACACAUCACCACUCUGCAAGAAUGGCAAACGGUCA